AUGACCCUGGCGCCGGGGGCUGGGCGCGGGCCGUCGUGGGUGGAUUUGAACCCGAGGAGAAGCCCUGGGUCCUGCACCCGAGGUUUCAGUGUGGCCCAGAAGCCCUUUGGAGCCACAUAUGUAUGGAGCAGCAUCAUAAACACUCUGCAGACACAAGUGGAGGUGAAGAGACGAAGGCACCAUUUGAAGAGACACAAUGACUGCUUCGUUGGCUCAGAAGCUGUGGAUGUCAUCUUUUCUCACCUAACUCAGAAUAAAUACUUUGGUGAUGUAGACAUUCCUCGGGCCAAAGUGGUGCGCGUGUGUCAGGCACUUAUGGACUACAGAGUAUUUGAAGCCGUUCCGACCAGAGUCUUUGGAAAAGACAAAAAACCCACAUUUGAAGACAGUAGUUGCAGCCUUUAUAGAUUCACAACGAUCGCUAACCAAGACAGUCAGUUAGGCAAAGAGAACGCACUGUGCUCACCCUCCAGGUAUGCAGAUCCAUUAUGUAAGUCAUCGGAUAUCAAAUCAGCGAGCUUGGAGGAUCUGUGGGAAAACCUGAGUCUAAAGCCGGCCUGCUCGCCUCAGGUCAGCGUGUCUGCGGCCCUGUCUCCCCGCGUUAUUAAUGAAGUAUGGCAAGAGGAAACAGUUGGGCGUCUGCUACAACUUAUAGACCUUCCAUUUCUUGACUCCUUACUCAAACCGCAAGAGGUUAUCCCCCAAGUCCCACAGCCCAUGGGGCAGCCUGAUUUGGUCAACAACAGUAACUGUCUGGACCGGCAGAUUCUCAAGGCUUAUGGUGACUCUCAGGAAGAUGAGUGGCUCUCUGCAGCAAUCGACUGUCUGGAAUACCUUCCAGACCAGACGGUGGUGAACAUAAGCAGAAAUUUUCCUGAGCAACCCAACAGCACAGACCUUGUGAAAGAACUUCUGUUUGAGGCCAUCGGCAGACACUACAGCAGGAGGGAGCCUCUGUUACGUCACUUAUGCGACGUUCACAAUGGAAUCGCAGAACUCUUGGUGAAUGGGAAGACUGAAAUAGCCUUAGAAGCUACUCAGCUCUUUCUAAAGCUUUUGGAUUCCCAAAAUAGAGAAGAAUUCAGAAGACUGCUGUAUUUCAUGGCUGUGGCAGCACACCCUUCUGAAUUUAAAUUACGUAAAGAAAGCGACAACCGAAUGGUUGUGAAAAGGAUAUUCUCAAAAGCUAUUGUUGACAACAAAAAUUUAUCCAAAGGCAAAACUGAUCUUCUGGUACUGUUUUUAAUGGAUCAUCAAAAAGAUGUUUUUAAGAUUCCUGGAACACUACAUAAAAUUGUCAGUAUUAAGCUCAUGGCCAUUCAGAAGGGAAGAGAUCCAAAUAGAGACACAGGAUAUAUUUAUUGCCAGAGAAUUGAUCAAAGUGAUUAUUCAGACCACACACGGAAGACAACCAAGGAUGAGCUUCUGAAUUUACUAAAAACGAUUGAUGAAGAUUCAAAACUGUCUGCCAAAGAGAAGAAAAAAUUGCUAGGUCAGUUCUAUAAGUGUCACCCAGAUAUCUUUAUUGAAUAUUUUGGAAACUGAGUUUCUAAUGUCUGUAUAUAACUUGUGUAUUUUAAGAAUAAAUUAUGUAUCCUGAAGGUCCAAAUCACAUUUUUAAUCUUAGAUGUUCUUCUAAAGAUGAAAUUGUACUUAAUAAACUUUUUUUGUAUAACCUUUCGUGUCUGAAACUGAGUAUUAGCUGGUGUAUUGCUGUUAAGUAUUGACCUCUCUUUGGUGAGCUGAUUCAUCAUUAUUGUGCACAAUACUUUACAGAACAUCAUAAGAAUUUAAAUGAUAGGCAUUGCAGUGUUUACAUAAAAAGGUAUUAAACAGGAAGGCUGUAAUUACAAGUUAAUAGGAGUGUGGUUUGUACCUUGAAAGGUACUCCUUAAAGAUAAAAGAUAGAAAUGUAGGCUCUUUUGAUAAAGUAAACUACAGACAAGUCAGAAAUUGAACUAUCCUAAUGCUUUUGAAAACUUUAACAUCUUUUAAAGCUUAUUGUGGACAAUUUCAAACAUACAUACAAAUGGAGAGAAUAGAAUAAUAAACUCCCAUGUGCUCAUCAUCCAGUUUCAGCAGUUGUCAACUCAUGGCCAAUCUUGUCUAUUUAAUCGAUAUCCCCACCCAUUCCUUGCUACCACUCCAGCAAAUUUCAGACUCAUAUCACUUCAUCUAUAAAAUGUCAGUAUCUAUGGCAAAAAGAUAAGGACAUUAAAAACAUAAUCACACACAAACCCACAAUUCCUUAAAUAUCAUCAAAUAUGCAGUCAGUGUUCAAAUUUUCUGAUCUCAAAUGCUUUUGACAGUUUAUUCAAAUAGGGAUCCAAAUAAGGUCCAUAAAUUUCAAUUGGUUAGUGUGCUUCCUAAGUCUCUCUUAAUCGAUAAGUUCUUCUCUUUAUCCUCUAUCCACUCUCCUCCUCUUCCUUCUGUCUCUCUCUCUGUUGUUGAAUAAACCUGGUCAUUUGUUCUUGAGUUUCCUGGAGUCUAGAUUUUGCUGAUUGCAAGCCUGUGCUGUCCUUUAUCAUGUUCCCCUGUGUCCUGUAUUUCUUGUAAAUUGGUAAUUAGAUCUAAAGUCUUCAACAACUUUUUAUCCAAGUUAAUGAUUAUUUUGGAACUACUGCACUGUCAAGAUGUAUUUGGUAAAUAAACAAGCAAUAUAAUACAAUUUGAAAUUGUUCAUCCUUACAAUAAUA